AGCUCCAGAUCGUCAGCACUCAGUGUCUGCUUCACCACAAACAUCAUUGCAGCUUUGGACAGAGCUGAAAGAGGUGGCCUCGGAGGGGUCGUCGACGUGGCUGGAAGGAAAGAGGAAGCCCAUGCUCACAGCGCGUGGACUCCACAGCCGCUUUCUGUUACGAGCAGAGAUAAACAUGUGAGAAGAUGUCUGUUGGAGGUUGCGCUUGCCCAGGCUGUUCGUCCAAGUCGUUCAAGCUGUACUCCCCAAAGGAGCCUCCCAACGGUAGUGCCUUUCCCCCUUUUCAUCCUGGCACAAUGCUGGACAGAGAUGUGGGACCAACACCAAUGUAUCCCCCCUCGUACAUGGAACCUGGGAUAGGAAGGCACACGCCGUAUGGAAAUCAAACAGACUACAGGAUAUUUGAACUCAAUAAACGGCUACAGAACUGGACAGAGCAGGACUGUGACAAUCUGUGGUGGGAUGCUUUCACAACAGAGUUUUUUGAAGAUGAUGCAAUGUUGACUAUCACAUUUUGUUUGGAAGAUGGACCUAAAAGAUAUACAAUUGGCCGGACGUUAAUUCCUCGCUACUUCAGAAGCAUCUUUGAGGGAGGAGCCACUGAACUCUUUUAUGUACUGAAGCAUCCCAAGGAGUCCUUCCACAGCAACUUUGUAUCUCUCGACUGUGAUCAGUGCACCAUGGUCACGCAGAACGGCAAGCCCAUGUUUACACAGGUUUGUGUAGAAGGAAGGUUGUAUUUGGAGUUCAUGUUUGACGAUAUGAUGCGCAUAAAGACGUGGCACUUCAGCAUCCGACAACACCGAGAAGUCGUACCACGCAGCAUACUGGCCAUGCACGCCCAGGACCCUCAGAUGCUUGACCAGCUUUCAAAAAACAUUACAAGAUGUGGAUUAUCUAAUUCAACUUUAAACUACCUCCGACUUUGUGUAAUCCUGGAGCCCAUGCAGGAGCUAAUGUCCAGACACAAGACGUAUAGCCUCAGUCCCCGAGAUUGCUUAAAGACCUGUUUAUUUCAGAAAUGGCAAAGAAUGGUUGCCCCACCAGCUGAGCCAGCAAGACAAGCACCAAACAAGCGGCGGAAAAGAAAGAUGUCGGGUGGCAGCACAGUGAGUGCAGGUGGUGGCACCAACAACAACAGCAACAGCAAGAAGAAAAGUCCAGCCAGCAGCUUUGCGCUCUCCAGCCAGGUACCUGAUGUGAUGGUGGUGGGCGAGCCCACUCUGAUGGGAGGGGAGUUCGGGGACGAGGAUGAGCGACUGAUCACACGGCUCGAGAACACACAGUUUGAUGCAGCCAAUGGCAUCGAUGACGAGGACAGUUUCACCAACUCUCCAGCCCUGGGCAACAACAGCCCCUGGAACAACAAAGCUCCCUCCAGCCAGGAGAGCAAGAGCGACAACCCCACCUCACAGUCAGCUCAGUAGACCACAGCCCUCACUGUGGAGGGUUAGGGGAAGGCAUGCAGUAAAUAGAGGACAUUUUUAAAUUUCCGUCGUUUGAUUGAAAUGGCACUCGCGUUUUAGUUCUUAGAACCGGCCUCCCUACCAUAGUGCUUUGCUCUGAAGAAUCCCAACUGGCCAGACUCUGUUCUUCUUUAGCUUGUGAAAUUGUGCUUUUUGCAAAUUACUGUAGAAUUAAUCAUCUGCAUUUGAUAUUUGAAUUAUUCUUUUAUUUCUCUGAAAUGAUCUCACUGUGCAUUUGUGCCUGAGAGAGAGAGAGAAUCUAGUUUUAGCCCUAGAAAAGAAUCAGUGUCUGGUCUGUUUGAGUUCUCUGAGCUUGAGAACAGCAGAGUUAGUGAAGGCAGCCAUGUCUGUGGGUUCUUGUUCCAACCUCGGGUCUCUGGGUGCUGUGCUUGACAAUGCAUGGCGGUUUCUGUUGUGCUCACUUCACAGAAAAGGGUCUUUUGAAAAUUAUUUUUGAAUAUUAUUUUGUUUUCUUAUUUAAGCAUCUGAUGAUAAACAUUAUGCGCACCUCAGAUUCAAAACCAGCUCCUUCUUAUUUGAUUUCACUUUAUUUCAAACAAGAAAGAAAAACCUGAAUUAUUUGUUUUGUAGGACCUGGUUGGAACAAAAACCUGUACAGUUCCGGAGCUUGAGGACCGGAGUUGAGAACCACUACGUCUUUUAAAAAUAAAUAAAUAAGUGUAAAUCUUGAUGGUACUGGAGUACUGGUCAUGCUCAGUAUGGUCAUAUGCAGAAGUUGCCUACCAUGAACCCAGGCUCAAAAGAGGAGUUUUAUUGAUUUUUUUUGUUUUGUUUUGUUUUUUUUACAUUUGUUUUUUUUGUUUCAUUUUUAUAUAUCAAUUUGUAAAGGUAAAAUUAUAAGCAAGUUAAAACACCCUGACUAUCCUUUGCACUGUUGUCACUGUAUUCUCAAUCUAUUUUUCUUACAAAAUUCUAGUACAUUUUCUUCUUUUUAUCCUUCCCUGUUUAAAAAAAAAAAUGUUGAAUUUGACUAAAGCUGUAACUGGAGAAUGGUAGAGAUUUAUAUAUAUAUAUAUGUAUAUAUAUAAUGCUUUUUAUUAUUUUUAUUAUUAUUAUUAUGCUUUACACAUUUGAGAUAGGCAAGUUGACUUCCUUUUAAAUGUGUGCUAAAGUUAGUUUUAUCACAGCAUGUGUGUCUGGAAACUGCAUGUUUCAGACAUCUAUUCCCACUGUACUGUACUCUAUAUGUCAGUGCCCAUAUUCUUUCUAGGAACUAUUAAGUUGAUGUCUGUGACAGAUUUUUAGUUUUGUCAAGGAAGCUCAAAACCUUCAGAAAAUGGAAAUAAUGCUGACCAAAUGUUCUCAAAUUGCAAAGCAUAAUGCCUCAUUCCCAUUAGUAAAUACUCACCAUGUAAUUAUUUUAGUUUCCCAAUAUUUUUGGAUUUUUUUUUUAAAUGCUACAGACCAAGAAGCUAUGAGCAAGAUACUUUAAUCUCAGCCCUUGUGUAUUUGUUUCUAUGAAGAAUUCUUUUCAUAUUUUGUUUGUGUAAUUGUGCUGUAUAUUUAAGACUGUAGCUAUGUUCUGUAUAAGUGUAAUUGUAUUUACUCUUCUUUAGAGCAUCCCUGCGGGCGUGCGGUUUAAUGUAAAAACGAAAACCUAAUCAUGCAUUGUAGAAAAUGUUUUUAGAUGCAUUAACCAUAGUCACGUCAGCUUGUAGAUCAUAGUUUUAUUUCAAUGUAUAAUGUAUUUAUUAUUUUUUUUUAUCUUGCCACUUCAUAAUGUCUGGAUACAAUACAUAGUCUUAUGUAAAAAACUUCAAUCUUUGGACAAAUUCUCAAUAGAAAAUUUCUAUGCUGCCUUUGUCCUUUUUUCCUGUAUAACAUAAUUACACUUUAAUUUCAUGUGUGACAUGUAAGACUAUGAAAUCAUCAAUGUUGUUGGUUUGACAUUGUUGCACUGAAUUUAAAGUCAAUCCUUUUCGGUUUAAAAAAAAUCCCUUGACAUAAGCCAUACUAGGUCUUAACACCAGGUGGCAUUCUGCAUUGUGGCCUCAUUUGUAAUGGGGGAAAGGAAAAAAUAAUUCACUUCUUAUCAAUUCAGCCAAGUAUUCUGCCCAAUUGUGUGGCUAUUUUAUAUGAAAAAUAAAUACAUUGUUCAGCUGACUCAGACAGUCCAGUGUUUGUUUGGGAUUAUUCACCAAAUCAAAGGGGAAGCUCCUUUGUGUUCUUGUAGAGCCCCUUUGAUAGUGGCUGUUUGAUAAGUAUAUUUUUUUCUAGUGUCUGCAAUGAUGAUUCAUGUAUGGUAUUAAUAAAAAAUGAAUUUUCACUUAAA